GCAACAUUCUGAAAAGAAGAGGAAGUCGGAUCGACUAUUGUUUUGGAUUAGUUUGCUGUUUGUUGUUCGCAUUGUUCAUCAGUAUUGGUCGCGGCGAUAUUCAAUCCCUGGCCUUUGAUAUCUAUUGACAAACUUUGAAGUGUUGUCAUAAAUCAUAGCUUUGAAAGCCUUAUCUCUAUGAAACGGUAGAUAAACAUUCACGUUUUUGCAUGUAUUUUAUGCGAUGACUCUCUCCUCGCGCUAGGAGGCCGUAGUACAAUUCGCUGCCAGCUAUGGAGGAAUGCGAGAGUGUCAGCUGUCAUGAAACGGCUCUUUUGGCUGUUCCUUGCCCAGGUUUAGGCACAAAAGCACGCUCGUUUUCCGAUACUUCGAUCUUCAAGCUUGUCCCUCAGAAACCUCGAGGCCAUUCGCAAAGUUCUGUAGACGACAGUGGCCGAAUUUCGCCGCCAUCCCCGACUCAGUUUAUACCGGUAAAUCGUCGCGACGAGCCCGCUCCGAUCGAAGUCGCCACAUUGAAAUCAAAGCGGAAGAUUUCUCGACCUCGGUCGCCAUUCACCGGCGAGAAGGCUUUCGAGCUUCUCUCCAAGUUCGCCAAUUCUGACUUCGUGGCAAAAGUAACGUCCAGUAGCCCAAAGCUACUUGCCAGGAGGACAAAAUCAAAGUGUAGAGACAAUGACACACAAGAAACGGUUUACCUCGUGGAAAAUAUUCAAGAUGGUGUAGACUCUGCGCUAAAGGAGGUCGUCACUGGAAUUCUACCGAUCAGUUACGAAGACGAAAUUGUGCAGAAACGGACUCAGAUUUUGAGGGACCCUUUGCAGGUUUUGCUUGUGUUUCCAGAGGACGAUGUUAUCGCCUAUGCUAUUCCUCGUGAAUUGAGGACAAUACAUUCUACAGUGCCAGGCGAUGCUCUCUCCAGAGUAUCAAACUUAUUCACUCGAGAGUGUAUCAGAUUUUACACUGCCAACUGGAGUUGUAUCGAGAACAAGUAUUCCAGCUAUGGAGGCAGUUAUCUCAAACUUCCCAGGUAAGAUUAAUUAAUAAGGAAUUAACAUGUCCUAAUGCAUCAAGUUCUGUUGGCCACAGGUUUUUCCAUUAUUUU